GUUAUGUGCCUUUGUGUAAAACGAAAGAAGAUAUGCGUAGAAUGUCAGGUUUUGCGAUUCCCCUCUUUUUAUUCUAAAUAACUGAACAUGACAUUUGUGUUUCCGUCCAUAAAUGGCACGGUGAAGCCAAGAGAAAGAAGUGGUCAUGUAGCGGUUCACCAUGAUGGUUAUCUAGUAGUUUGGGGAGGCUAUUGCAACGUAAGUGAGCUUGAAUAUUAAUUAGCAACUCAAUCAAUCUUUCUUUGUCACCCAAGGUUUAUGGAAUGAAAAUAGAUUUUAGUACCGAUUAGGUCAAAGGAAAAUAUCAUGCAGAACCAACAAGGGAAAUUGAGCUACAAAGUCAUGAUUAGUUUUGUGGGGAGAGGGGCUGGGGGUAAGUUUCCAAGGAAACUGUGGUUCUACCUGGUGGGGAGGGGUGUUACAAGAUAAUUUAUUUGAGUAGAUGAUGUGAAUUGGCCACCUUAGAGAGAUUUUAUGUUUCGAGCGUUAGCCCUUUAUAAGAGUGAAGGGUGCACUAAUGAACAGUUAAUGCUUGUAACACCAUUUGUAGAAUCUCUCUACAUGGGUCAAUUCACAGUAUCAACUCAGUUGAUAAAAUCAUAGUUGGUUUUGGUUUUCCAGCUUCUUGGUUGAAGAGGUGGCACAAGUUUAAAAGACCAAUCAGAGAACAAAACUAGUUGGGCCGGGAUAACCUGUGAAAUCCAAGGGAAAACUGAAGAUCAUUUGGUCAUCUACUGUCAUGAAACAAAAUCAAACUAAGGGGGCAGUCAAUCAGAAUAAAGGUCAAAAUUGUCCGAGAUCACUGAAAGCUCUUGUGAAUUAUUUCAAGUUAGCAUUUUACAAGAUCACUGAAAGCUAUUAUGAAAUAUUUAAAGGUCAAUAUUGUCUGAGAUCACUGAAAGCUCAUGCGAGAACAAACAAUUAUUUUAUGAUUGGACAUUGGAUAUGAAAUGUUAAAUAGCUAAUGAGGUGCAUAACACCAAGUUGGUUAUAACCAAUGUUGAACCCAACAAGCUUGAAUGGAAUAAUUGUGUUAUUAAGUUUCAUUAAAUCCUGAACGUUUGGAUAUGUAGAGUUUGUUUCAGCUUUGUAACAGCUGGCACAAUGCACUUUGACACAAGGUGAUGGAAUCUAAGCUGAUAACUGGAGUUGAGUGACCAAAAACAACACUAGAAAUGUAUUAAUAAACUUUUCUGCUAAUUUUUUGAAACAAUUUCAGUCUUUCAUUUUUUUUUUAUAACUUUUCUACCUAAGGGUGAUCCUGAACAGUUUCCUGGAUUGCAGUUUCUUGUUGACAGGUAUCAUCCCAGUAAUGAAGUUUGGUUGUACUGCAUUGAGACUUCUGCAUGGUAAGGAUGCAUGAUGAGCAGACUUUAACUCUUUAUAUACCAACAUCAGUAUGUAUUUUCUCCAUAUUGUUCUCUAUACAUUUCCUAAGGGGCUGACAAGGAGAAUUGUUUAGCAAUCAUGAGCCUCUUUGGUUGUUGAUCAUUUUCCAUAUUUUCAUGACCUUAAUGUGUGAGUCAGGGGUGACAUUGUGAGGAGAAAUUAGAUUGUAGUCACUUAUAGUGAUCAAAGGGUUAAGAAUGCAAUAGUUGACUUUAAAUUAAUGUGUUCUUGUUUGGGAAACUCGGACAGAUGUGCUAUAUCUAGCUACAUGUAGUGGCACGGCAGAUACCGGAUAAAAAUGAAAGCCAUUUACACUCUCAGAGCAAGUCACUUGUCAUUAAAUAAUUGUGUUUUUAGGAAACAUGUUGAAACAAGUGGAGACAUACCUCCACCCAUGUCAGGAUCAACAGCUUGUGUAAUUGGUGGCAAAUAUAUGUACAUAUUUGCUGGGCAUCAUGAUGAAGGACCCUCUUCGACAGUGAGUCUUUUUUGGCUACAAAAAAUUUCCGAUUAUUAAUUGUACCUAGGUGGCACCUACAUGAAGCCUUUAACUUGCAAGAUCUGAUUGUUACAUGUAAUUCUUCCCUCCAGCUGCAACAUGUCUCUUUUUAAACUAGUUGGGAGAAUUUGGUGUUGGAUAAAGACAACAACCUCUAUCUGAUUAGUUUGAGUAUUCUCAUUACAUGUUUAUUGGAUAAUGUAUGGAUGUUAUACUUGGUGGAGUUACACGUGAAUCUCUCCUGACGGUAAAAGGGUGAAAAACUUAAUUUUGGAUCUUGUAAGCUUUCAAAAGCUGAGUUAUAAUUAUCAGUUGAAAACUUUUUUUUAAAAUUGUGUGACUGUCUCCCAACCUUUAUGUUCUAUGACAAGGUUUCAUGUUUGAGUUAAUUGGAACUGCAUGUUUUCUUUGAUAGGUUUUUGUUUUAGAUUUGAACAAAUUUGUGUGGCAAAAUUUGACAGAAAAGAUUGAAGGUAAUCCCCCUUCAGACAGGGACAAGCUGUGUUGUUGGACACACAAUGAUUUGUAAGUUAUUUAAUAUUGCAUCAUUUCAUUUGUUUCCAAAAAAUUGAGGUAGAAAAUAAUAAUUUUACCAUUUCUCCUUUGUGUUUCUUUUCAUAUCCCUCAUUUUCAUUUCAGUUCUCCUCAAAUAGACUCAGGGCAUCUAUUUGGUAUUAGAGAGUUCUCCAGCUACUACACAGAAUAUUCUAUGCUGAAGCUAUUUUUUUCUACACCCAAGCUAUUUCACGGUUAAAUGGUAAUUUAGUUUUAUUAACUGAGUUGAUGAUGUAAAUUAGCCUCCAUAAAGAGUUUCUAAGCUGAUGUAUCAAGCAUUAUUAAGCUCUUUGUCCUUUGCUCUGACAAAGGGCCAAUGCUUGAAUUUUUUAACUGAGAAACUCCACAGGGUGGCCAGUUUACAUCAUCGGCUUGGUUGAUAAAACCAAGGCUGUUAUACUCCCACACUGGCAAAGCACCACAGUUUCUUUAGAAACUUACACCCUGUUUCCUUUUUUUUUUUAAUUUAGAUUCUCUUAUUGCUCUAGACCAUUCUCCUGCUUGUAUCAAUCGAAACCUUUCAACUAUAAUGAAAUACUGAGAACGUUCAUGUCCACCAUGAUCAUGAUGCACCUUAAUAUGUUGAAGAAACCUGACUUGGAAUCACAGUCCACAAUUUCAUUGCUGGUCAGGGCACCCAUUUGGGCCUCAAAGAGCCCCUGAUCUUAACUUUAAAGAUUUCCUGAUUUCCUGUGAGCUAUCUUCUGCUCACACAGUUUGUUUAAUGGCAACCUUUAUGUCUAAGAUUGUGAGAAACUACUGGCUAGUAAAAGUGAAUAAAUUAUGAAAAACAGUCUUUUCUCAGUGAAAGGCACCAGUAGAACUCUUGUAGCCUUCACUGAGCUGCAUUUGACACCAGAUAUUCAAACUUUAAUUUGCAGAAUAUUGUUAUAGUUGUAAUUGUGAAAGGUAGAGGGUUGAAACCAAAAACAGUAAUUAGCUAGAUGAUAAAUUACAGUUGAAUAUAUAUCUUUUCAUUUGUAUAGAAUAGUGUAUUUUGGAGGUUAUGGAAUACCUCCAGAUCCUCGUAAAGUGGAUGAGUCUUGCGGAUUUUUCAAAUUUAAUACCAGUGUUGAGGACCAAUUCACUGUAAGUUUUUGGUGCCAAAUAUAUUUCAAAGGAGAGGUAUUCUCCAGAAUGAUUAUUUCCCCUACCAAUCAAAGAUUUUGCAAUGUAAUUAUGAAACUAUGGCAGGCAUUAUGACUUGAGAUUCCUGAGUUUGUAAGCUCACCUUGUGGAAACUUGAAAUGGAUGCAGCCAAUUUAGAUAUUUCACAGAAACCUGGCCAUUCCCUUGUGACAUGUUACAGUCUGAUGCCAUUUUUAUUCAGUCUCUUGGCAACCUGUUUGAGCAGUACACAGGAGAGCAAAUUGUAAUGCUUUUAUGUGACAGUGACAACUUCUGUUUAUAAACAGCAUAUUUUGGUAUCUCUUUAUGUUCAUAUUGGUUGCUAAGUUGUCUUUCAAAAUGAUACCAUCCAUUUUCAAAUGUUUAAUACAUCUUGCAACUAUUUGUGAAGAGUUACAUGUAGGUCACUCUAGAGUGGUCUUUGGAACUGUGACACCCUAAAGACUGUACAACAUGUCCAGUGAACUAAAAUUUGUAUCACUUCAAAUUUUUUUAUGCAGUCUGUGAUUUCCUUGGUGAAAAGAAGAGAAAGCUGAUUUCCACAUUCUCUUUUAUUUUGGUUCAUUAGGACAUCAGAGGAUGGAACAGUCACAUGUUUGUUCUGGAUACAGAACGUUUAACAUGGAGCCAACCACAGACAAAGGUGGGUUUAAACUGAGUACAUUUAUUUGUGUUGCUUGAAUAUUUAAAUUGCUCUGGUCAACAGUAUGUGUAUGUGUAAUAACAGUAUGAAAUGUUUUUAUUAUCCUGAUUUGUGACUUUUUCAAAGAAGAAAACAAAUGGAAAGAAAGAAACCUCUCUCAUUAAUAAUUUUUCAGCCAGGGUGGACAGGAAGUGAAUAAGUUAUGGGUAGAUUGAUUCAGAAUAGUACAGGAAUGGAAAAAAAUUAGAAUGAUGGACUUAGAAAAUCUGUGGCAUAAAAUAAGUUUUAUAUAAAUAUGUGUAACUUUGAAAUAGCUUCGUUAAUACUUUCAAGGAAAAACCCACGUUGACAAAAACCAAUAAAAAUGGUCAGUAGGAUAAAAUAAAAUGUGUGAUGUAAUGAGAUACUCUCAACUUGCAUAGCAUGUUUUUUCUCAGCUGCAUUGUUUCUGAUGAUGCUGUUUUUCUCUGUAGGGGAGAGCCCCCACACCAAGAGCAGCACAGGCUGCAGCUAAACUUGGAAAUAUUGCUUAUAUCUUUGGUGGAAGAUACAUGGUAUUGUAGUUGACAUCAGCAAACAUACCCUCUUUAAUGUUCAUCAUAGGAUUUAUCAUGUAGUAAAGUUUUUAGACUGAAAAAUAUUCUGUUUUGUGUGUUUCUCCACAUGGAGAAAAAUGAUAAUGUUCUCACUAAUAUACACGAAAAAAUGAUGCAAUUCUGAUUGGCUGAAGAUGAGUGCAUUUUUUUAAAAUAACACAAAUGCAAAUUUGCUAAAUGGUAACAAGUGCAAAUGACAAAUAGCAAUUUUUUUCAAUAGGUUAUAAAGGUGCAUACUAGUUGGUCAAGGAGUGUUUGAAAAUCUUUGAUUUGGAACUUAGCCUUCCCUAACUUGAAGAUAUAAGUGGAGAGAUAAUGAUUUUAAAGUCAAUACCUCACUGGUCUAUAUUCUAGCAGAGACCUCUGCAUUGUUUGACAAAUUAGCUCCUAAACAAGGACAAAACAAGGUUGAGAAUUACUAAGUAUUAAAGACAAAAACACUUAGUCCAUGUGCUGUGUAAGGUCUUGUUAACUUGUUUAUUUCGACUGGUAGGAACAACGACGUAAUGAUUUGCAUGCCUUUGAUAUGGACAGCAUGGAAUGGAGUGGCAGGUGAAUACAGCUUAAAUCCGAUCAGCUAUCAAUGCUGAUUUUAUUUUUACUGAAUUCAUUGCCUUAUGCCAAUUGUAUGAUUAUAAAUUACAUUAUAAUGACACUUUUAUAAUUAAUGGUUUAAUUAGUAUUCCAACAACAGGUAAAGUGCCAGAUGGAAGAACAUGGCAUUCCCUAUCUGCUGUCAGUGACAAACAUUUAUUUCUCUAUGGAGGCUUUAACAAUCAAGGAGAAGCAUUAGGUGAGACUUCAGAGAACUUCAAACUCCAAAAACAAAAAAAUUUUUUUAAUGCAGCAUGUUCAGCAUUAUUGAAGUUUGGAUUAUUGGUUGAUUUUAGGACCACUCUUAUCUAAAUAAGGCAAGCAUGAUUUACUACAACUCCCACCUUUUUUAACAUGGUUGGGAUCUAAUCCUUGGUGAAAGUUUUGACAGAAUGAAAGAAUUCUUUUUCAAAUAACAUUUAAUAUUUUCAGGCGAUGCUUAUACUCUUGACACCUCGACAAUGAUCUGGUUUCAACUCAGUGUCCCUUCAAUACAAAGGUAUUUGCAAUGAAAAAAGGGUUUUCACUGCCUAUUGGGAAAGUUCUUGAAUAAAAUGAAUGAAAAACAAAGUUCACUUUUGUGGUUUACUUGUUUGAUUUGGUUUCACCUCUCCUCGAAGUUCUCACAUGUAGAGAGGAAAUCUAUUGUCCCAAGUCUAUGCCAUUAUAAUGCCAUCUCAUGCUCAAACUUAUCAAAUAAAGACUAUUUGCAAACCCAAUCAGUGUGACUUCAUUAGCAAAACCAUUACCACAACUGUUCAGGCUAGAGCAGAAGACAGCAGUUGUCAACAGCCUGUGGAUGAUUCUUGGUCAGUAAAGAUGAAAGAAUGAGCAGACAACAGAAUGUUUGGGUUUUUAGGAGGAAAGACCAGGACCUCUCUUUGCUCUUAUUCCCCCUUGUUUUUUGCUUUUUGGCCAAGGUAACAACAACUUGUGUGAUGUAACCAAAUAUAAAAGCACCAUGGGGACAAGGGUUUUUCAAAGAGAAGAGUAACACUUGCUUACCUUUGGUUUCAGUAAACCCAUGACUCGAAUGUGGCAUACAGCUUGUUGUACAACUUCUCCUGGAGAGGUUCUAAUUUUUGGAGGAUGUGCCACAUCAGUGUUAAUUCUUGAACAGGUGAAUAGGCAACAAUUUCAAAUUCAUGUUUCAGUGUGCAUUAUCUACUGUACUGUUUCUAUCUAUGCUACAGUGUAUCUUUCUAAUGCCGCUCAUUAAUGAUAUGGAUCGUAGCAAUACAUACAUGUUUGUUAUCAACCAAGUGUUGGAAUAGUUUGAUGACUGUUUUUCUUGCAAUUUUUUUAGGCUAUCAAUAUCUGACUAGUCAUCCUGAUAGAACUAUUUUUUAACUUUCACUUCAACUGAUUGUGGUUCAGAUUCUUGUUAUCACAGACACAAAGCAAGCACCCUCAUGAAUCAGCAAAAGAGGUUUACCAGGCCUACUCACAAGGCCAGCCUGGUGUGGUGUUAUAUAUGUGUAUGAUUAUUUCUAGCUAAAUUCAAUAACCAACAGUCAUUCUAAGAAACCAUAAGGUAAAAGAGGUAGCUUCAAAGAGUUUGUCAGUUGAACUACAAUAAGUAAUAUUUUCUUGGUUUUUUCUUUUUUCAGGAGCACUGUGACAGUAUCCUGAUCUUUAGGUUUACACCUCAGCCUUUGAACUUGUAAGAAAUUAUUUUUCAUUUUCUAUAUGCAAACAACAGAGGGGGAGGGGAGGGACAGGGGAGCAUAUUUCCUGUGUGUUUUAGAAGUCUUGAUGCCUCAAGAAACUUUGGUUAAUAUUUGAUAUAGUGCCUGAAUAGUGAAUUUUUUCCUCUUAGAUUAUGUGCAGAUACAGUGGUCAAGUGUUAUUCAACCCUUCAAAAGCAGCUCAGAUCCCUCCCUAAGAAUCUGCUUAUGUCACUCUUUCUGCACAGAAGACUGCAGGCCAGUGGAAAAAUAUAAAUGACAUGCGUCAGAAUCUCUAGUCACAAACGUUAGACAAGAUAUUUAGUCACGGCAUCGGACAUGCCUGGUUGCCAAUUUAUAAUUAUGUUAGAGAAUUCAAUGAGGCACCGUAAUAAUUUUUUUUGCCUAAAAGUUGAACAAGUUUAAUGAGAUUUGGGAUGAACAGUUUGAAUCGUGUACAUGUGAGCUACAGUAGGCUGUUUCUUUCAAUAUUUUGGUGUCUUUUUGGGCCUUGAAUGUGCCCUGUGUUGUUUUAGAUCAAGUGUUAGUAAGUCUAAAUAUCAAGAUUUGUAAGAAUCGUUUGUGAAAGUGAAUUACUGGCGAUGAAUCAAAUUCGCACUUUUCCCGCCACAUGGUGCACGUGUUUGUGAAGCUAUUAAUUUUCUCCAGUUUAGUGCAAGCACUAUAACUUGUGUAAAUACGAUAAAAUGUUACAUUAAACUAUAAUUUAUAUAUCAGAUAUUACGCACAAUUUCAGUUUGAAUUUCCUGAUAUCAGACGCCAUUAACAUGCAUUUAGCUAAAACAUCAGUAAAAUAGAUAUGUAACGUGGAGUUUGUCUAACAUCCGGGAAAGUGUCUUUCGAAUGUCACUCGCCAGAAAAGGCCUGAGAAUGGACAGAUCCACAACUUGGAUCUUAGAAUCAAAUUCACGUUGGUAAUCGAGAUAUAUAGCCUAGAGCAUCAAACUGGG